AUGAUCUGCGGAGCACUGCGGCGCCAAGGCGCGCAGCAGCUCCAGGAGCGCGCUGCUGCUGGCAGCUGGGGAAGCUGUAGAAGCUGUGGAAACAGUGGAAGCGGCAUUGCGCACGACGCGUUGGUGCGAACAGCCAGGCCACAGACGCCGACCGUUACCAGAGAGUGUAUGCGGCCGCGGAUACGACACCAGCAGCAGUCGCGAUACAUUUCGAGCGGCAGCACUGGUGCCAGCGCCCCUUCCGCCGAGCCAACCGUCUCCUCCCGGCCGCCGGUUUCGUUUUCUUCGGCUCGAAACAGCGGCGGCAGCAGCUUCGGUCUCGGGAGCAGCCGUGCAGCCUCUCUCCGUUCCUCUAUGGCCUCGGCCGGACGGCCCAACAGCAUAGUGUGGGGUAGUGACAGCCGCUCGCCCGCAGCCUCGGCGUUCGCGAUGAUGCGGCGCAUGUCGACGACGGCGUUGCGGAGGCAAGAUAACAGGACGGCACCAGGGACACCAACGACGUCUACAACGCCAACGACGACCAGCCCCACAACGACCCCGCGGGCGGCCGGCGACGAGUACCAGGACAAGCACGGCUUCCAGCGCAGCGAAAGGGCCGAAAAGGCCACACAGGUCAACAUGGCGGCGCGGCUGUCGCGCGAGGGCAAGACGACGACCAAGGCCGGCUGGAGCGAGGUCUGGCGCCUGAUCCGCAUCGCGCGGCCCGAGUUCCGCUGGCUUGCCGUGGCCUUUGUGUUCCUGCUGCUCUCCUCGGGCGUGUCCAUGUCCAUCCCCUUCUCUGUCGGCCGCCUGCUCGAUCUCGCCACCAAGGGCGCCGUCGACGACGUCCGCAUUUUGGGCCUGACCAUGAACCAGUUCUUUGCGGCGUUCGGCGCGGUGCUCACCAUCGGCGCCGCCGCCAGCUUCCUGCGCAUCAUCAUCCUGCGCAUCGUCGGCGAGCGCGUCGUGUCGCGCCUGCGCGCCCAGCUCUACCGCCGCACCUACACCCAGGACGCCGAGUUCUUCGACGCCAACCGCGUGGGCGACCUCAUCUCGCGCCUCAGCUCCGACACCGUCAUUGUCGGCAAGAGCAUCACGCACAACCUCUCGGACGGCAUGCGCGCCAUUGUCAGCGGCUCGGCAGGCCUCGUGGCCAUGAUGUGGCUCAGCCCCAAGCUGACGUCCAUCCUGCUCAUCAUGUUCCCGCCCAUUGCCGUCGGCGCCGUUGUCUACGGCCGCGUCAUCCGCAACAUCUCACGCCGCAUCCAGCGCAACCUCGGCACGCUCACCAAGAUUGCCGAGGAGCGUCUGGGCAACAUCCGCACCAGCCAGGCCUUUGCUGGCGAGGUCCAGGAGGUCUCGCGCUACAACAAGCAGGUCCGCAAGAUCUUCUCCCUCGGCCGCCGCGAGGCCCUGAUCUCGGCCACCUACUUUGGUGCCAACGGCUGGAUGGGCAACAUGACCAUCCUGGCCCUGCUGAUUGUCGGCGGCAACCUCGUGCGCUACGGGUCCAUGUCCGUCGGCGACCUGACGUCCUUUAUGAUGUACACCGCCUUUGCGGGCUCCAGCAUGUUUGGCAUAUCGGGCUUCUACUCGGAGCUCAUGAAGGGCGCCGGCGCCGCCACGCGCCUCUUUGAGCUGCUCGACCGCGACCCCGGCAUCCACACCACCGUGGGCACCAAGGUCAAGUCCGCCCAGGGCCCCAUCCGGUUUUCCAACGUCACGUUUGCCUACCCGACCCGCCCCGCCGUCAACAUCUUCCAGGGCCUCGACUUUGAGAUUCCCUCGGGCAGCAACGUCUGCAUUGUUGGCCCGUCGGGCGGCGGCAAGUCGACUGUGGCGAGCUUGCUGCUGCGCUUCUACGACCCGUCCCAGGGCAGCAUCACCAUCAACGGCGUCGACGUCAAGUCGAUGAAUGUCAAGUCGCUGCGCCGCCGCAUCGGCAUGGUUGCCCAGGAGCCCGUGCUGUUCUCGGGCACCAUUGCCGAGAACAUUGCCUACGGCAAGCCCGGAGCCUCGCGCGCCGAUGUCAUUGCCGCCGCCCAAAAGGCCAACUGCCAGUUCAUCAGCGACUUCCCCGACGGCCUCGAGACGCAUGUCGGCCCCCGCGGUGCCCAGCUUUCCGGCGGACAGAAGCAGCGCAUCGCCAUUGCGCGCGCGCUGCUCAAGGACCCGGACAUCCUGCUGCUGGACGAGGCCACGUCGGCGCUCGACGCCGAGUCGGAGACGCUCGUCAAUGCCGCGCUCGCUGCCCUGCUCAAGGGCCGCAGCACCACCAUCUCCAUUGCCCACCGGCUGUCCACGAUCAAGCGGUCCGACCAGAUCAUUGUCCUCAGCAACCACGGCACCGUUGCCGAGACGGGCCGCUAUGCGGAGCUCAGCGCCAAUCCCAACAGUGCCUUUAGCCGGCUCAUGGAGUGGCAGAUGAGCGGCGGCGAGGUCGCUGCGCCGACCCCGCGCAACGAUGGCCACAUCACCGAGAAGGAGCGUAUCGAGGACCACCUCGAAGAGCCGCUGCCCGAGGAAGAAGAGGAGGAGGAUGAUGCGGAAGAGGACGACGACGACGACGACGAGGAGCACCACCGCAGGACGAACGCCAGAAAGGUAGAGGCCAUUCCCAAGGCGGAGGUCUAG